AUUGGGUUAUUUUGGUCAAUGUAAUCAACAUAUCACUUCAAUGCCUCCUCCGUCAUGUAACCUAGCACGAUGCAUCCCUCAAGAAAGGCUCGAUUCCUUACAUAUGACUUGAGAAUACCCAUAUAUCUCUCAUAUGAAAAUAUGUGAUGCAGGAACACGGGACUAAGGUAGUGUAUCUCCUUCACAAGGUGAGCAAUGAGAUGUAAUAUGAUAUCAACAAAGGAUGGUGGGAGAUACACCUCAAGAAUACAUAGAGUCUCAAAGUGUCUUUUUUCUAGCUCCUCCAGUGACCCUAGAUCGAGCACCUUUUGUUCAAUUGCAUUGAAGAAAAAGCACAAGCUCAAGAUAGCCCCGUGAACCUUAAUUGAGAGGAUUUUCCUAAUAGCUACCGCAAGUAGUGAGGUCAUCAUCACAUGGUAAUCAUGGGACUUCAUCAUGAUGAAAUUCAUUUUCAGCUCUUUCACUGAAACAAGUCUAGUAAUAUUGGAUGAGUAACCAGAGGAAAAUUUCACAUUGUGCAAGAACUCACAGAAUUAUUUUUUUCUCCUUCUUGGAGAGAGUGAUAGCUGCUAGGGGUAAGUGUUUUCCUUUGUCCAUAUCAUGUGCAUGGAGCUCAGACCUUAAACCCAUUUCUUCAAGGUCAGCUCAUGCAUUCUCAUGAUCCUUUUAUUUUCCCUUCAUUUGGAGCAAUGUACCGAUCAGACUCUCGCAGAUAUUCUUCUUUACGUGCAUGUUGUCGAUAGAGUGACGAACAUCUAAUUUUUUUCCAAUACUCUAACUUGAAUAGUAUUGAUUUCUUGUUCCACAUUCCUUUUUAUUCAUCAUGCUUGGAGGAUCGCUUUUGCUUGCCAAGGACAACGUUGAUAUUCUUAACCUGAUUAUGGACAUCUUCCCCACUGAAAUGCCUUGAAGGUUCUAGCCCUCUGGCUGGGAGUCCAAAGUUUAUCCUUCAUCGUCGCUGGAGUCUCGGUGACGGCCCUGCUCGUAUACGAUGACCUGAAAGGCACAAGCUUCCCGGUUUUCAUGGCGCUCGUUGUCGUGACCAACGUGUCAGGCGCGCUUGCAGCGCUCUCAACUCUCGCUGGCACAAUAUUGAUCGAGAGAGAGUGGGUGGUGGUGAUCUCGAGCGGGCACCCUCCGGCGGUGCUGACGGGGAUCAACUCGGUGGUCCGGCGGAUCGACCUGAGCUGCAAGCUGCUGGCCCCGGUCUUCUCCGGCCUGGUCAUCAGCUUCGCGUCGGCGCAGGCCUCCGCGGCGGCGCUGGCGCUGUGGAACGUCGCCUCCGUGGGGCUGGAGUACUGGCUCUUGGUCUCCGUGUACAACGGCGUGCCCGCCCUCGCCGAAAGCAGCCGGCUGAGGGCAGCGGACGCACCGCCGGAGAUUGCGGACCCGGCCGAGGUGGCGGUGGUGGGUUGGAGGUCGAGGCUGACGGAGCAGCUCACCAUCAUACCGUGCUGGGAGUCGUGGGUGGUGUACGUGAGGCAGGACGUGGCGCUCCCCGGGGUCGCUCUCGCCUUCCUCUACUUCACUGUCCUGAGUUUUGGUACGCUGAUGACGGCGACUCUGGACUGGAAAGGCAUACCUGCAUAUGUGAUCAGUUUGGCACGGGGUUUCAGCGCCAUUGUUGGGAUAGCAGCGACCCUGCUGUACCCGGUCGUGCAUUCGUGGGUGUCCACGCUCCGGACGGGGCUGUGGUCCAUCUGGAUGCAGUGGUGCUGCCUGCUGGUGUGCGUGGCCUCCAUCUGGGCGGGCAGCGGCCUGGCCUCGGCGUGGAUGCUGAUGGCCAGCGUCGCGGCCUCGCGCCUCGGGCUCUGGAUGUUCGACCUCGCCGUCAUGCAGCUGAUGCAGGACGGCGUGCCGGAGCAGGACCGGUGCGUGGUGGGCGGGGUGCAGAACUCGCUGCAGUCCGUGUUCGACCUGCUUACCUACAUCAUGGGCAUCAUCAUCUCCGACCCCAGGGAUUUCAGCCAGCUGAUCGUGCUGUCCUUCUUCCUGGUGACUUGCGCGGCGGUCGUGUACACGCUGCACGUCUACCGGGUGCGGAAGCACCUCUUCCACCUGGACAAGAUCAACUGGAUCAAAAGGUCAUGAUGUGACUUCCGGCAGAGCAGGAGUGAGUUGGUCGAAUGAUUUGUAAUAAGCUCCUGGUCAACCCUCUUAACUGUUGCGGUGUGUCGACCUGUGCGGUGUGCAGAGGCAGCAAAGCAUUACAGAAUUUGUUGUGCCUGCACUCUGCAGGGAACGAGAUUGUGAAUCUAUCUAAGCUUGCAGUGACAUACAACGCCGUGAGUGAUUAGCUCAGUGAUCUGAUCAUCUUACAUUCUUACUGCCGGAGUGAGAUCAUCAUAGCUCAUGCCGUGACAGCAAGAUGGAGAAGCAACUGCUCUUAAUCUAAACAGUUGAUUCGCUGAUCCACGGCGGAGAUGCACUGCAAAAGUAAAACCAGUGCCGGCCUGUUAUUAUGUGCCCGCGCCCGCCUUAGUCUCUGCUCCCUCCAUUUCUUCAUGUAAGGCGCUUAGCUUUUAGCUCUUGGAUUAAGAAGCAUUUAACCA